GCCACCAGCCACUCCCCUCUAACCUGUCUCACCAACUCACAUCUAGAAGCCAUUAGGGUCACUUCUCUCUCUCUCUCUCUCUCUCUCUCUCUCACACACACACACACACACACACACACACACAGAGAAAGAGAGAGAGAGAGAGAGUCAAAAGGCUACAUAUAAAACCAAAGCUCAUCAAGUUCUCGCAAGAGCCGGCCUUAAUGUACUUGUAAACAAACAAGAAAACAAAGCCAUUUUCCCAACAGCUACAGCAACUACUUCUACUACUUGUAAUUCCACUCAAAUGGGAAGGUCUCCUUGCUGUGAGAAAGCUCACACAAACAAAGGAGCCUGGACCAAAGAAGAAGAUGAUCGUCUUAUCUCUUACAUCCGAGCUCACGGCGAGGGCUGCUGGCGUUCGCUGCCGAAAGCCGCCGGCCUUCUACGGUGCGGCAAGAGUUGCCGGCUCCGCUGGAUCAACUAUCUCCGUCCCGACCUCAAACGUGGCAACUUCACCGAAGAAGAAGACGAGCUCAUCAUCAAACUCCAUAGUCUUCUUGGAAACAAGUGGUCUCUGAUAGCCGGGAGAUUACCAGGAAGAACGGAUAAUGAGAUAAAGAACUACUGGAACACUCAUAUAAGAAGAAAGCUUUUGAACAGAGGGAUUGACCCUGCAACUCACAGGCCAAUCAACGAGGCUCCUCAGGAUGCAACCACUAUAUCUUUUGCUGCUUCUGCUGCGAAAGAAGAAAAACCCAGUAUUGGAAUAUUUGGGGGAUCAAAAGACGCGAAAAGCCAGGCUCAAGAAAGGUGUCCUGACCUGAACCUUGAGCUUCGGAUUAGCCCUCCUGAUCAGCCAUUGGAGAGUGGUGGGAGGAGUUCAUGUUUUGCUUGCAGCUUGGGAUUGCAGAAUAGCAAGGAUUGCAGCUGCAGGAUCGCUAGUAUUAAUGGUGAGUAGCAGUGAAAAUGAAAUGAGAUGAAACUGGGGUGAAUUGUGUAACAGAACAGAAGGGAGAGAAAUGAGAAUAGAGAUCGUUAUUAGUUAGAAAUCUCUCUGAUUUUCUCUAAUUUGUAUGAUUGGUUAUGAAUAGUGAUAUAGUACCAGUACAGUUGAUCAUUA